UUCCAUGUACCAGAUGUAAUCAAAUACUCUUCAUGUUUAGAUGAAGAAGACGACUUUGUCAAUAAAAGAAUUUCCCUGAAACCGAGGGAGAAUGGGACAUCAGCGCUUGGUUGUCCAGGAUCAACUACGGUGAAAAAGGAAGAUGUAAAACCACGAGCUAAAAGCAAACCAGUAUCUCCAGUGAAACAGACUCCCACCUCAGCGCUUGAUUACUUUGGGACAAGUAGCAUCCAACGAUCAGACAAGAAAUUGGUAGCAAGUAAAAGGAAAGAACCUUCGCAAAGCAGAGAUAGCACAGUAGAUGAUGAGGCCAUUGCUAGGCAACUGCAGCUUGAAGAAGAUUCAGAGCUGGAGAGACAGCUGCACGAAGAUGAAGAAUUUGCUAAAACCUUGGCCAUGUUGGAUGAAACGCCGCAGAAGAAAAAGCCUCGGAAAGAUUCGGGAGGAGAGCAAACGGCAUUGAGCAUCAAGAGCAGUCCUAGUGUGACAGAAAGACAUAAGCAGUCAGAAAGAGUGAAAGCAACAAACUCAACAGAUGAAGCAAAGAAUUACACUGUGAAGCAGCAAACUAAAUCUGAACAUUCAAAAGGUUCUCAUUUAUCCCCACAAGCAUCUGAUGGUAAAACAGCAAGAGAGUUGACAGAUAAGACCUUGCCUUUGAAACCUAGCUCUAAGCUUGUGUCUCUGAAACAAAAAGAAGAGACUACUGAAAAGAAAAGAGGUUUAGCAUCAAGAGAAAAAACUUCUUCAGGGAAAGAAGAGAAGACAACACCAAAGAAGGAGAAAAUUUCUCCAAAGAAGACUGAGUCCGUAAGUCCUGAGGACUCUGAAAAGAAGCGAAUCAAUUAUCAAGCCUACCGAAGCUUCCUUAAUCGUGAGGGUCCAAAAGCGCUGGGUUCCAAAGAGAUACCUCAGGGAGCUGAAAACUGCUUGGAAGGCCUGACGUUUGUAAUUACAGGCGUUCUGGAGUGUAUUGAAAGAGAUGAGGCCAAGUCUCUGAUUGAACGUUAUGGAGGAAAAGUAACUGGCAAUGUCAGCAAGAAGACAAACUAUCUGGUUAUGGGGCGAGACUGUGGCCAAUCCAAAUGUGAAAAGGCAUCAACUUUAGGGACAAAAAUUAUUGAUGAGGAUGGCCUGUUUGAUCUUAUUCGAACUAUGCCAGGCAAAAAGUCCAAAUAUGAGCUGGCGGCUGAAACAGAGGCAAAGAAAGCAGAGUCAAGACCUAAAAAGACACCACAGAAAGCUGAAGCUGGAAAAAGGAAUUUUAGCCCUUUCAGAAGGGAACCUGACAAUAGAAAAUCUAAGUCUACUCCUGAAAAAGGAGAUACUGUCAAAUCUGUUAAGAAAGAAACCACUGCUGCCCGAAAGCGUAUGGACUUCAAAUGGCAGACUGUAGAGACGAAAGAAGCCCCAAAACCCGAGGGGAACUUGGUUUCUGAGAUUAAUGAAGCUGGAACAGAGAAAUUGCUAUGGGUGGAUAAAUACAAGCCUGUAUCUCUUAAGGCAAUAAUUGGACAGCAGGGCGAGCAAAGCUGUGCCAAUAAACUGCUCCGAUGGCUCAGAAAUUGGCACAAGAAUGCCUCGGAAGAUGGACAAGCAAAGAGCAAUAAAACUGGAGGCAAAGAUGAUGGUGCUGGUUUUAAAGCAGCAUUACUUUCGGGUCCACCUGGAGUUGGUAAAACUACUACAGCUUCGUUGGUUUGUAAGGAACUGGGGUAUAGCUAUGUGGAGCUGAAUGCCAGUGACACUCGGAGUAAGAACAGUCUAAAGGAAGUAGUUGCUGAAUCACUUAACAACACCAGCAUCAAAGACUUCUGUUCUGGCACAUCCUCAUCAGUUAGCGGGAAACAUGUAUUGAUCAUGGAUGAAGUGGAUGGUAUGGCAGGCAAUGAAGACAGAGGAGGGAUUCAGGAGUUGAUUGGUUUGAUUAGACACACAAAGAUACCCAUCAUCUGUAUGUGUAACGAUCGAAACCAUCCUAAAAUUCGUUCCUUGGUCCACUACUGUUUUGAUCUUCGUUUUCAGAGACCUCGUCUAGAACAGAUUAAGGGUGCCAUGAUGUCUAUUGCAUUCAAAGAAGGUUUAAAAAUUCCAGCACCUGCUAUGCAAGAGAUAAUUCUGGCAGCAAAUCAGGACAUCAGACAGGUUUUACAUAAUCUUAAUAUGUGGUGCGCAAAAGAUAAAUCAUUGACUUACGAUGAGGCUAAAACAGAUGCCAGCAGAGCCAAAAAGGAUAUCAGGCUGGGCCCUUUUGAUGUUGUCCGGAAGGUUUUUGCUACUGGAGAGGAGGCUUCUCGUAUGUCUCUCAUAGACAAAUCGGAUCUUUUCUUCCAUGAUUAUUCCCUAGCACCUCUCUUUGUCCAAGAGAACUAUGUACAUGUGAAACCUGCUGCAGCCGGAGGAAAUCUGAAAAAGCAUUUGGUGCUCUUGAGUAGAGCAGCCGAUAGCAUAUGUGAUGGUGAUAUAGUGGACAAACAGAUUCGUAGCAAGCAAAACUGGAAUCUUCUUCCAACACAGGCUAUUUAUGCGAGUGUGCUCCCGGGGGAGCUGAUGAGAGGUUACAUGUCCCAGUUUCCUGUCUUUCCCAGCUGGCUGGGGAAAUUUUCAUCCACAGGCAAACAUGAUCGUAUCAUUCAAGAACUGGCGAUGCACAUGAGUCUCAGGACCCAGACAUGCAAGAGGACAGUAAAUAUGGAGUAUUUGUCGUAUUUGCGGGAUGCGCUGGUCCAGCCCUUGAAAGACUUCGGAGCAGACGGUGUACAAGAAGCUAUAACGUUCAUGGACUCUUACUGCUUGAUGAAAGAAGAUAUUGAAAAUAUCAUGGAAAUAAGCACGUGGGGAGGCCAACCCAGUCCUUUUUCAAAGCUGGAUCCCAAGGUCAAAGCAGCUUUUACACGUGCCUACAACAAAGAGGCACAUCUGACUCCAUAUUCACUUAAUGCUGUCAAGACAUCUAAAAGGCAGUCGGGAUCUGUGAUGACCUUAGAACUGAAUGAAGACUUGAAUGUGGAAGAGACCCAGUCUGAUGAGGAUGAGCAAGAUACUGUUGAAAGUGAUGCAAUGAUUAAGCAAAAAAAGGCAAAGUCUUCCAAGCUGCCAAAAAGAGAGAAAAACGAAGAAACAACAAAAAAAGAAGGGAAAAGAAAAGAGAAAGCUUUGCCUUUCCCUCAUGUACAGGACCGGGUGUUGCUCUCUUCCUACAACUUGCCGUUUGCUCAGUUAGAGACGCAGAAGAGCAGAGAGGGAUUUAGUUCCAAAACGUGA